AUGCCGCGAGGUGCCGUUCUUCUCACGGGCCUAGUUUUCCUAUUGGGCAUUGUCUAUCUGUACCAACCUUCAUUUGAUUUGCGAUCCAAUACUUUCUCUGAAACCUUAUCUUCGAGCCCUUCUCCUGGGGUUAUAAUCAGCAACUUUGAACCAAAAUUGACCGCGGAUCUGGUCCAGUAUUUUGAGGAUUACCCACUGGUGCCUCCCUACAAGGACCGAUUCGGUGAGCUCGGCCGACGAACUCGAUUGCUUAGGGACCUACUCGAGUCUGCGGACAGCAACCAUGUUCCGUCUCAAAGAAGCUCCCUGCUGGACAUCAUCGACAAAACCGCCCUUUUGCUGUUCCCAUUCCUAAGAGGGCCGCCAACAAAUUCGAAUUCAGCAGGUGGACUAACGAAUUUACGCUCCUCAAUUGAGCCUGGCUCGGUGGGGAUAGUGAUUCCUGCUGGCAACAACAACGUGCGAUUUGCAGCUCAUCUUAUAUCUUCGCUUCGGAAUGUAUUGAACUCCAGACUGCCAAUACAAAUUGUGUACGCCGGUGACAGGGACCUGUCGGCGUCCAACAGACACUUCCUUGCGGAGCUCGUUGCGUCCAGCGGCCAGGCUCUCGAUUUCUUGGAUAUCUUGACUGUCUUUGAUGACUCAACACUCAAGCUUCAAGAAGGAGGGUGGGCUAUCAAGCCAUUUGCGGUUUUAGGAAGCAAUUUCGAGAAGAUCGUCCUCCUUGAUUCCGACGCCGUGUUCUUGCAGAAGCCGGAGGUUCUUCUCGACCACUCUGGAUUUCAGCAUACAGGAGCCCUCCUCUUCCGAGAUCGCCUACUCUGGCAGCAUGCAUUUUCGGAUAGGCAUCAAUGGUGGCACAGCCAAAUCAAGCGGCCGAGUGACGAACUCAACACAUCCCUGGUCUGGACACAGGAGUACGCCGAGGAAGGAGACUCGGGCGUAGUGGUUGUUGAUAAGAGUCGUACGGAUGUCUUCAUGGGCCUUCUUCAUAUCUGCUGGCAGAACUCGUACGACGUCCGAGAAGAGGUCACAUACAAAAUCACAUAUGGCGACAAAGAGACAUGGUGGAUGGGAUUUGAGCUGGCUGGGUCUUCCUACGAGAUGGAAAAGCACUACGGUGCUAUAGUGGGAUGGGAGACUGAGCUCGAGUCCGAGGCAGAGAACAGAGAAGACAACCGGGAACAGCGGGACGAUCCCUCGACAAAGAAGGUAUGCAGUUUCGUGAUUGCUCAUGUGGAUGAGCAAGAGAAUCUCAUUUGGUACAACGGCGGUCUGCUCAAGAACAAGAAGAUUCCUGAAAUGAAGCACGACUAUGCCGUUCCUGACAAGUGGAUGGUCGAUGGAGAAUGGCAAAAAGGCGCCACAAGGGAAGACAUGAGCUGUAUGGUUGGAGAGCAAAUGCAUGACCUUUCUGACGAACAGAUGAGGAGACUCGAGAGGUCCAUUGCAGAGGCCAAAAGAAUCGACGUCGCUCUGCAUGUGGACUGA